CACUAACAUCCUUCACUUUACGUCCCUAGCUGUUUAACGCGUCCUCGGGUGACGCGCCGCAAUUUUCUCCGCAUCCCAUCCAUUGCUCCUCCCCCACACUCCGCAGUCGCAGUUGAAGGCAUUUUGUUGUACUCCAAGCGUCUACUGGACUUCAGCACAUUUGACCCCUCCGCUACGAGGAUCAACAACUACCGGCAUUGUGAACAGCUCGUCCCGAAUUCAACCAUCGACGUGUGAGCCCUCCAUAAAACAACUCCAGACCACCCAAGUAACAAUGCCACCAAAGAAGACCGACGGUACUCGUCGCAGCGACGUCUCUGUAGCACGCUUCGUCGUAGCCGACGAAGACAUGACAAUGGCCACAGGCGAACCAAUUCUCUCCGCCAACCCAGCCUCCGCCCUCGCCGCGGCCGCCAUCGAGCGGGAUGAACCUCUUCCACCUGUACUACCCACAACAUCUGAAAAGCAAUCCACCCCAGCACCUUCUGCCGCUGCCGGCCGCGCCUCGUCAACCACGGGAUCAGCAACAGGAGGAGGAGGAGUAGGACCAACAUCACCAUCAGAGUCUAAGCGGGGAGGAGGAGGAGGAGGGGGAUCAGAGAAGGACAAGUUGGAACGGGAAAAGGAGCGGGAACGGGAAAGGGAAAGGGAAAAGGAGCGCGACGCCAUCACAAUCGAAGACCUCACGCUUCCGAAAUCGAUCAUCACCCGUCUUGCCAAGGGGGUGUUGCCGUCGAAUACGCAGAUACAGGCGAAUGCGAUUUUGGCCAUGACCAAGAGCGCGACGGUUUUUAUCAGUCAUUUGGCUAAUGCUGCAAACGAACAUACCGUGUCAUCAGGAAAGAAGACCAUCAUGCCGGCGGACGUGUUCAAAGCCCUAGACGAGAUCGAGUACGGGUUCAUGCGGGAGAAGUUGGAGGCUGAGUUUGCGAAAUUCAACGAAAUCCAAACCUCCAAACGAUCAGUCUACCGCAAAAAGGUAGCCGCAGCCAAAAAGGCCGGUGGCGGCGGUUCCGGUUCCGUUUCCGGUGCCGGCGGUCCUGGCAGCGCAGCCGGCGGUGACGGCGACGAUAAACCAGAAGGAGGAGAAGCAAAUGAUCAAGCCGACAACGACAACAACCAAAACCAAAACCAGUUCUCCGCUGCUGCGUCCGGCGCAGCAGGAGCGACAUCGACAACAGACAGAGAAGGAGGAGGACCUCGGUCGGCCAAGAAGGCGAAGGUGGACACGUCGUCAACAAAAAUGGAAGUAGACGGAGAAGAACAAGAUCCGUCGGAUGCGGAGACGGUGCCGGAUGAAGAGGUGGAUGAUGAGGAUGAGGAGGAGGAGGAGGAGGAGGAGGCGGAAGAGGAGGAGGAAGAUGAGGAGGAGGAGGAUGGGCAGCAAGAAGGAGAAGAGGAGGAGGAGGAUGAUGAGGAGGAGAGGGCGGGACCGCCUGAUGAGGAUGAGGCGCUUGAUGAUGAUAGUGAUUAGUCUAGUCACUUCAUGAAGUCAGGGGUAGAGGGGACAAGAAAAAGGAUAGGAAAUGAGGGGAGAGAGGGGUGGAGAAAAGAUGAUACCCUGAGUGAGGCCCAUCAUCCAUUUUAUAUAUAUACCGCCGUUCUUGUCUGCGGGGAGCCCAGGGGAAAAUGGGUUCGAGAAUAAUAUGGCUCUACCUACCUAGAAACGACAUGAACAUAACAAAUCAAGAUGCCAUGAAAGCAAGAUGUUUGAU